AUGUACAAUAAAAUGUGGUACCAGACCCAAGAAGCCCUCAACUCUUUGCUUGAUAAAGAGUCUCAGAAGAUGAUAGAGCCACCGAAAAAUAAAGUCUUCAUCUUCCAAAUGUUGGCCACCUUCUACAUAAAGUACGUUCAGAUCUUCCGAAACCUGGAGAACGUCUAUGACCAGAUAGUCCACCCGCAGAAACGAAUACUGAUCCGGAAGAUUCUGGAUGGAGUGAUGGGUCGCAUUCUGGAGCUGAAGAAUGAGAUGGUAGAAUUGGAAUUGACUGAGUUCCAUUAUUUUGAUGAUAUUUUACAGGACCUAAAGUUGGCUCCGCAACAGUUGGACAUUCCUAUACCCAAGUAUUUUUUGAAGGAGAGGUUGGAUGUGAUAAGAGGAAGAGAGAGGAUCCUGGCUCAGAUACUCACCGAGAGUGGAUUGGAUAUUCCUGAUGUGAAAUAUUUUAAGAGUUUACCCUUGGAGCAGGCCACUAAAUUCAUCCAGAUUGCCGAGCGGGCGCGGCAGGGCCGCCUGAGAGCUCUGUUCAUGAAACAAAUCUACCUUCAAGAAUACAGAGCAAGACAAUCCAAGCUGCUUGGUGACAAAGCAGACACCAGCAUUGCAGCCCUCCGGAUCCAGAAGGUCUGGCGAGGCUUCCAUCAGUGCAAGAAAACCGCUCGCGAGAGAGAAGAAGAGAUGAUAUUCCUGGGUAUGAACCCACCCCCGCUCUUUAACGAAGUCAGCGCCACCAUCAAGCAAGCGGAGAAGGUGAACUGUCUGCGGAGCAACGUGCAGAUGGAGCACGAGGAGAACUACCAGGAAGCCAUGAUCACCAUCAAGGAGGACCUGAAGCUGAUCGAGGGCCAGGACUUCAAGGAGAGCCUCAAGGACCAGAUCCGCCAGUGGUUCAUCGAGUGCAGGAACUUGACCGGCACAUUUCCUGACUACCCUGAACCCGAAGAAGGAGGCUCAGCUAUUAUCUUUUCUGACAAGACCCCAGAACAGGUUAUUGAUGACAUCAUUGCGAGCCAAGAAGAGGAGGAAAAGAAUAAGAAGAAAAAGCAGAAACAGGGAAAGGAAAGGAAAGACAAGAAAAAAGAGAAGGCACAGAAAGCAACAAAGGAAAAAGCUAAGGAAGAAGAAGAAGAGUGGAAAAUGUCACCGAGUGUUUUCCUUCAUUCCAUGGAGGAAGGAAAUAACUUAUACAAAGACACAUGGAUGAAUAAAGAUGAAUCUUGGAAUUUUGUUCAGAGCUAUGAUCCAGAAAUGAUCAAACAGGAGAAGCGGAAAGAACUAGAGACAGAAAUAAGGCUUCAGGUUGAUGAGCUGAUGAGACAAGAACUCAAAAACUUAAAACUUGCUGUGAACAGAGAAAAGGAACUUCCAGUCAAACCAAAAAAAGCAAAGAAGAAAGACAAAGUCAAAAGAGGGAAAAAGGGGAAGAAGGAUAAAGACCUGACGGCCGACAGGACCAUCGAGUCUCUGUACAAGGAGCUGGUGGAAGAAGGCUUGCUGAUCCGAGCUCGGAAGGUCAACCUCUCCGAUUACAUUGGUGAGUACAGCUACCUGGGCACCACCCUCCGCCAGGUAGCCAUAGAGCCCAUGCCUUCCCUCCUGGACGUCAGACAGCUCAUCACGUUGUAUGGAAUCCUGCCAUUGGGGUCUGCGGCUGUGCAUGAGAAAGCCCCACUGGUGAAAUCUCUGCUGCUGGCCGGGCCAUCUGGAGUAGGGAAGAAAAUGCUGGUCCAUGCCAUCUGUACCGAAACAGGAGCCAACCUGUUCAACCUGUCCGCAGCAAACAUCGCCGGGAAGUAUCCAGGGAAGACUGGCCUCCAGGUCAUGUUGCACGUCGUCUUCAAGGUGGCUCAACAGCUUCAGCCCUCCGUGGUGUGGAUCGAAGACACAGAGAAAACAUUCUACAAAAAAGUCCCGAACGCGGAAAAGAUGAAUGAACCCAAACGCCUGAAGAAGCAGCUCCCCAAAUUCCUGAAGCUCCUGAAGCCCGACGACAGGAUCCUCAUUGUGGGGACCACGCAGCGCCCUUUCGACGCCGAACUCCAAUCGUUCUGCAAGGUUUACCAGAAAAUUAUUCUGAUCCCCAGGCCAGACUACGCUUCCAGAUACGUUCUGUGGAAGAAGAUCAUUCAGCACAAAGGGGGAGUCCUUAGCAAAGGCCUGAAUAUCAGUUGCCUAGCGAAGGUCACUGAUGGCUUCACCCAAGGGCAUAUAGUGGAAGUGGUCAAAAAUGUGCUCACCGACCGCAGAAUCCGGCAGCAAAGCCGUAAGCCACUGACCGCGGUGGAGUUCAUCACCGCCAUGGCCACCAUGAACCCGGUGUACAAAGAGGAAGAGGAGAGCUUUAAGAACUGGUAUGCAAAGACCCCCCUGGGGAAGAGACGCCUCUCCGCAUUAAACUUGGGUGGCAAAGAGAAGGAGAGGGCUAAAGGGAAAUGUGCUCAUCUGACGGUCCCCCACAGCUCCUUCCUGCCUUCCUGUGAGCCUACCACGGGAGCCCCGUCUGAAACACUGAAGCCCAUUAUAAGUACAGCUCCAGGUGACAAGGAUGGUGACUGCUCUCCCAUGCAGGGUGGCGUUGAGUCCCGUAAGGAAGAACGUCAGGACGGCCAGGAGAAUGGCCCUGUGGUCCUUAGCAGACUCCCUGUGAGCACGGAGGCAGCGGCUGGCCAUGUUGAGCCUGGACCUGCCUUCUGUCUUGGCAAGAAAUGGGACACGAUGGAUCUUUCAGAGGUCAACGAAUGCUAA